CACCGCUCUACGGAGGCACUGAGGGAGUGAGGCACCAAGAGAUUAAGAAAAGAGAGUGGACCAGUUCAAAGAAAAAGUCACAGUGGAGUGGAUAGAAAAUAAGGUGAAGUAGAAAGUAGGGACAUGUGACAUGGAAUACUUUACUGGAACGACCUGAACAGUCACAUUUCUACUUUAUAUGGGAGGCACGAAACAAGACAACCUGUGGAGAUGGGAAGCACAACCCCCCCAGUGUACCUCAAUGUGACUGCUGAAAUGAUCAACUCGUCGUCGGGCUCUGCUGAGCAUCAGGGUGGUUACAGUGAGCCAACAAAGAUCCUGCUGGGCAUGAUCAUAUCAUUACUGGUCCUGUGCAUAGUCUUUGGCAACAUCCUGGUCAUCACUGCAAUCGGCCGCUUCCAGCGUCUCCAAAAUGUCACCAACUGUUUUGUGACGUCCCUGGCCUGUGCCGACCUGGUCAUGGGUCUUAUCGUGGUUCCUUUCGGGGCCUGUAACAUCAUCUUUAACACCUGGCACUUUGGGAGCUUCUGGUGUGACUUCUGGACAGCGACCGACGUGCUCUGUGUGACUGCAAGCAUCGAGACCCUGUGUGUCAUCGCCAUAGAUCGUUAUUUAGCCAUCACCUCUCCUUUCCGCUACCAGUCCAUCCUGACCAAAUGCAAAGCUCGCAUUGUGGUCGUGCUGGUGUGGGUGAUUGCUGCUUUGAUAUCUUUCCUGCCCAUCCACAUGAAGUGGUGGAUAUCCAACGAUGAAGAAGCCACAAACUGCAUCAAGCAGAGUGACUGCUGCGAGUUCCACACCAACAUGGCAUAUGCCAUCACCUCCUCCAUAAUCUCCUUCUACAUCCCUUUGGUUAUCAUGGUUUUUGUCUACAGCCGGGUUUUCCAGGAGGCCAAGCGCCAGCUGAAGAAGAUUGACCAAAGUGUUGGACGUUUUCAUAACAGCGACAACAGCACCCUCAAAUCUCUGGAGGCCAGUAAUGGACGCGCCAACAAGAAGGCUAAGUUUUGUCUCCGUGAACACAAAGCUCUGAAGACACUGGGUAUCAUCAUGGGGAUCUUCACUCUGUCCUGGCUGCCCUUUUUUCUGCUCAAUGUGGUGGUGGCAAUAUGGAAGGUGGAGGGCAUUGACCUCACUUUCAGGAUACUCAACUGGAUAGGUUACGCAAACUCCGCCUUCAACCCGCUCAUUUACUGCCGGAGCCCUGAGUUCAGGUACGCCUUCAAGGAAAUCCUCUGCAUGAAGAGGAGCCGUCUCAGCAUCCCUGGGAACGUGAAUGGAUACAUCUACAACAGGCACAGUUGGCAGAGCGAGCAACAAGGGAGGAGUAAGGGCAGCUUGGAAGACAGUGACGCAAAUGAAGCGUGUGUGGGACAAGGUGCGGGGGUCUGCAGUGUUAUGGACAGAGUGAUGGACCCAAAUGGGAAUUGCAGCAAAGGGCCAACGACUGUUACGACUGUCCUGUAAACUUGGAGCCCUUACUCGUCAGUUGAUCCAGACAUGUUUACACUGCUUUCAUAAACUUUUCCCACUGACAAAUGAAGGUAAGGCCAGUCAAAGUAACUGGCAGAGUAUGUGGAGCCUGCUCUAUACAGUCUAAACAGAACAACUAUGUUCAGCAGAGGAAACUUCUUUUCACUCUUUGAACACAGCAAACAGAUACUGUAGGAGAUCACAUUUUCUUUUGUUACAUUUAUAAGUUACAUUUUACAUCUACCUCAUCUUCUUUUUCUUUCUUUACUGACUAUAUAAACUACUUCACAAAACUCCAUGUAUACCAGGGCAGUUUUUCAAAUGUUCAUUUACUCAAAUAAAUUGGUCUGUGGGUUAUGUAAUAGCCAAUUAUCUAGCUCCAAUUAAAUUUGUUUUUUUUUUUCUUGGUGAAAGAUCUGACGAUUUAGUAACCUUUAAAUAUUUUGAAAUGAUUCUGUAAAAUCCAUUUGAGCACGCCAAGUAGGCAUGGAUGGAGGAGUAAUGAAGGAUCAAAUUUAGUAGUAUUGGUGUUUUUUUCGUUUUUUUGAAGAAAUACAUUCCGAUUCAAAUACUAUAAUUUGGCUUCAUUUACUUUCCAAGUUACUUUUUUUAAAUGGGUUUUCUGAGAAAAAGAUGAUCAACAAUAGGUGUGGCAGAACCUGUCUAUCUCUCUCUCUCUCUCUCUACCCCUCUCUCUCUCUCUCUCUCUCUCGCUCUCUCUCUCUUCUCGCUCUCUCUCUCUCUCGCUCUCUCUCUCUAUCUCUCUCUCCCUCUCUCUCUCUCUCUCUCUCUCUCUCUUUCUCUCUCUCUCUCUCUCUCUCUCUCUCUCUCUCUCUCUCUCUCUCUCUCUCUCUCCCCUUCCUCACUGUUCAGUAAUGUUGUGCGGCCCGCCUCUGGUGUUUUCCAGCCUGUUGCAUGGCGGGAGCAUCUGCUGCCAACAGAUAGCACCAGAUAUAUGCAUGUUCACAGUUAUCUACAUCUCACUGAUGCAAGCUGAAAACUGCUGCAAGCAUUUCUCCCCUUUCCUGAGCAUUUGCUUCUGUGCAUCAAGUAAAACUAAUAUUUGGUACAUUAUAAAGCCAUUACAUAAGUAUACGGCAAACUAAUAAUCACUCCUAUCCUCACUUGGUGCCAGUAACAGUAACAGUUGUUCCUCUUGCGGCACAAACCAUUUUUGUUUAUUAGAUAUUGUCGUUGCUGUUUCAGCAUCUAAAGUGUUUACUGAAACAAGAGUAGCUCCUUCCUUAGCCAUGGCACAAGGGUACAAACCAUAAACAAUAAUAAACAGCCUGUGGAAUCAGCCAAGUGAUAACAAAAUAAAAAAAAAGAAGAGGAGACAAAAGCCGGUGCACCUUUGUCACUGCUCUCUGAUAUUUCCCAGAGUCUCCUCACUGUAAACGGAUGUCUGGUUAUUUACGAAAAAUUCAUCUUAACGUUUGAAUAAGACACUCAUUAGUCCGCUGAGCAGUGUCACAGCUGUUCCAGUUGUUUCAGUCACUCUAAUUCAGACCCCUCUCUGUGUGCAGUCUUCAGGAAAUGCCUCCAAUCCAGCUGAGCCCAGACAAUUAACACAAAUAAAUCCAUUAUCUCUGCUGUUUAGCUUCAGAAUCAGAUAAGUCCCCGAUUAAAAACAACACUGAUUUGCAGGUUGUGAUGAGACUUUCUCUGUAAUCACAUGGCUUAAGAUCUCAGGUUCCUAGGAAGGUGGCUUUUCGACCUCGGCAAACAAUGGGUACUUAGCAUGCAGCGCUUUAUUUAGAGAAGUCAUUCCGCUUUUCUCACACUGACUGGUUUGCAGUGCCAUUGCUCUAUAGAAGAGUCAUGAAGGUGUUGCUAUAGAUGUGACCCCCUUUCCCCCCCGUCCGUUUGGCAAUCUCCAGUAUGUUCUGAUUAAAGUGACAGCAUGCUAAAUGUGGCGACUAGGGGUUGGGGGCUGGGGGACAGGGAUUCUCUGCCAGUCUAAAUCAGUGUCAGUGACCUGAGUUUUUGUCCACGGUGCCUCUGGAGUUAGAUCAGCUGACACGGUCAAAACUGUGAACUUAGUUCCCUCAGAGGAAUCUCUAUUUACUGUAUCACUGUUUAGUCAGCGCUGUUGUCACAGGCCUCAGGGACAGACGUAAAUACAGUGUCAUCUUACGUCAGUGUUUGCUCUGUGAAAAACCAGCCUGCUGGCAUGUUGAUCUUUUUUUUUUGCAUGGAUUUACAGCAAAGUAAAUGCAGGGGUUGAAAGUCACAGCGAAUGUUCUCCAACCUCUUUUUAUCCCUUUCAGCAUUUCCACUGUACAGUAAAGCACAAGGCACAAAACAGAUUCUAGACCAAGAUCCAUUGUAUUUAUUCACACUGAAUUAAUCGAUUCAUUCACAUAAUGUUAACGAGUCACAGGAUUUAAAAUAAAGAUCUGUAUUUAAACCGUACGUCUUUUUUAGAAGCACUUUUCAAGCUAUGGUUUGCAUGUCUUGCUCUAUAUUUGUGGUGAUGUGUUUUUCGUGGAUUUUGGUGACGGUUCCUUUCAAAAGUGAUCUGUGGUCGUCAAAGUGGAACCGGUUGUGAACUAUAAAUCCACACUGCUCCCUCCUGGCAGUGGCCUCUCCUCGCAUCUCAGCUGUCCCACAGUGAUUCACGGUUACUGUUUCAUCGAUACACCUGUAUAAUAAGGAAUGUAACUCAUGUCUUUGACUCCUCUCGCUGGAGGACACAGUGUAGUUAUGUGCAAUGAGUCCUGAAUUAUUAGCUUACACUACGACAUUCCAAGUACAGCUGAUGGUUUGGUGCCUAGAGAUGCACUUGACAAAGUCUGGCCCCAGAUAAGCCUUUUUAACAACUGCUCUGCUCAAAUAACAUGUUUUUCUAAAGUGGAUUAUCUGUUACAGACAAGUCUUAGAGAGUGGAUUUAACUGUGGAACAUAUGUUAUUGUAAAAGAAUUUGAUCUAUGUCAUUGAUAUGAAGACGGCUGAGGUUGGCUAAUGGUGACGCAAUCCUCACUAAUUCACCUUUGCUCCCAUUGAACAAGAACAGCUCCCCCAUUACGGUGAUGAGAAGGUUCACUCACUUACAGCAGCACUGUGUAGCACUUUCAUGAAACAUUUGUGGUAUUAAUAAAAAAACAAUGUUUGAACUAUAAAUAAUGGCUGAAGAGUUACGCCGGUUGACUUGUCAAGUAAUAUUUUCCCCUUUUUGUAACUCAAUGCGAAGUCGUCAUGAGAAACAGCGCGGAUGUCGUUGAUUCUGCACUGUUCCGAUAAAUCGAUGUAUGUAAAUGUGAAUCUUCUAUGAAAGUUAAAUAUCGCUUCAGCCGUCACAUGACAAGUCAAACCUUUAAUAUGUGAAUUUCCUUUUUCCUGGCAAGAGUGAGACAGUCGUCACUCAGCUGAAUGUUUACUAGAUGUUCGCAAGCUAUUUUCGCACAGUUUUUUUUUUUUUCACUGUUUGUUAAGGUGAUGAAAAUCUGUUACAACAUGUGGUGUCCUGUGGUAUUUAUGAAAAAGCAAAUGUGUAUGUGCUGUAACAUUUGUAUUGAAAUAAAUUAUGUACAUGUUG